AUGAGUUCCGGAGGUGACGCGAAGCUGUUCGCUAGGGUACCGCUUGUUUUCAUCAUGUUUCUCGGUUUUGCCCCAUAUGCUCCGCCACUUGGCUCACGAUUUGCGCAAACUCCACAGGGCAAGGUCGCCGAGUUGCGACAAGAGCUCCAUAGCGGCGGCAAGAAAGACAAGAACUAUUCCGCCAAAAAGAUCGCCUUGAAGAAGAUCGUCGCCAAUAUGACCAUGAGCAAUAAUGAUAUGGUUGCGCUGUUUCCCGAUGUGAUCGAGUGCAUGACCCUACCGAGCUUGGAGAUCAAGAAGAUGUGCUUCUUGUUCUUGGUCAACUACUCAAGAAUGAAACCCGAAGUCGCGAUGAAGGCGCUACCGAUUCUAGUUGAUGACAUGGAAGACACAAACCCCCUCGUGCGCGCGCUUGCCCUAAGAACCAUCUCAUAUGUCCAUGUGCGCGAAUUCGUGGAAGCAACCUUCCAACCACUAAAGCGCCUGAUGCAAGAUAACGAUCCGUAUGUUCGCAAAACGGCCGCUUUUUGCGUCGCGAAGCUGUAUGAGCAUGACAAGAAGACGGUCGAGAACUCGGAUUUGAUCGACCGGCUCAAUCGGAUGUUGAAAGACGAGAACCCGACCGUUGUCUCCAGUGUUUUGGCCUCCUUGUGCGACAUCUGGGGUCGCAGUGAGUCGAUCUCGCUCACCAUCGACUACGUCAGUGCUUCGAAAUUGGUUUCCAUCCUUCCUGACUGCUCCGAGUAUGAUCUCCUCAACCCAUCCAAUUUCAAAAAGGAUAUUAACGGACAAAAUAGAUGGGGUCAGACUUAUAUUCUUGAGGCCUUGAUGUCCUACGUGCCCCAGGACACUGCCGAGGCGCUUCUGCUGGCAGAGCGAGUUGCCCCCCGCCUUUCUCACCAAAAUUCUGCUGUCGUUCUCACUUCUUGCCGAGUCAUUCUCUAUCUUAUGAACUAUAUCGCCGACGAAAAGCACAUUACCUCCUUAUGUCGCAAAUUAUCACCGCCUCUCGUUACACUGCUCUCUAAACCGCCAGAGGUCCAAUAUCUGGCCCUGCGAAACGCCAUCCUGAUUUUGCAGAAAAGACCGGAAGUUCUGCGCAAUGAUAUUAGGGUGUUCUUCUGCAAUUACAACGACCCAAUUUAUGUCAAAGUGACGAAGCUGGAGUUGAUGUUCAUGCUGACGACGAAGGACAAUAUUUCCAUUGUCUUGGCAGAGCUUCGAGAGUAUGCCACUGAGAUCGAUGUGCAUUUCGUUCGCAAGGCAGUCCGCGCCAUCGGAAAGUUGGCCAUUAAGAUCGAGUCCGCAGCGAAGCAGUGCAUUGAUACACUGUUGGAGCUGGUGGGUGCCAAGAUUCCAUAUAUCGUCCAAGAGGCGACGGUCGUGAUCCGCAACAUCUUCCGCAAGUAUCCCAACCAAUACGAGAGCAUCAUCAGCCACGUCAUCCGCAACAUUGACGACCUUGAUGAGCCAGAGGCAAAAGCGGCCGUCAUCUGGAUUAUCGGUCAGUAUGCAGAUCGUAUUGAGAACUCAGAUGGGCUCCUGCAGGACUACUUGGCUACCUUCCACGACGAAACAAUCGAGGUGCAGCUGGCCCUGCUUACGGCCACCGUGAAGUUAUUCAUCCAGCGGCCUACCAAGGGUCAACAGCUCGUUCCGCAGGUACUUAAGUGGUGCACGGAAGAGACUGACGACCCUGAUCUCCGCGAUCGAGGGUACAUGUACUGGCGUCUGUUGUCCACGGACCCGGCUACCGCAAAGCAGGUCGUUAUGGGCCAGAAACCCCCCAUCACAGCCGAAAGCGAGAAACUCGACCCGCGCACUCUAGAGGAACUUUGUCUCAAUGUCGGUACCCUAGCUACCGUCUACCUCAAGCCCAUUCACCAGGUCUUCCGCGCCGCACGGCCUCGCAGACUGCAACCCAGUCCAGCCUUGCAACGGCCUCGAGUUGAGGACGGCACCGCUAGCAUGCUAGAAUACAACCCGCCCACCGCCAACAUGGCCUCCGCAUCAACCAGCAACAGCGGCCUUGCAACAAUUACCACGACGGGUAAUCCAAUCAGCCCCGUCAACGUCGCUCCUCCCCCGACAUUCCCGGUCAACCCUAACGCGACUGGAGGUGGCGCCGGUGCGGAUGCCAUCAAUGCAGCAGAUAGCUACUUCAACGGCAUCGGCUCGCAGCAAAUGGCCGCGAUGGACCUGGGUGGGCGUGGCGACGGUGGAGCAGGUGGUGGUGGUGCGCCUCAGACGCAGUUCGUGGUCACGCAGAACCAGCAGCAGGGGUACCAGCCGCAGUAUGCGGGUGGUGCCGCAACGGGCGAGUUGCUGCUGCUGUAG